AUGGCCUUGCUGGGGCUCAGGUUCUCGUUAUUUGUAACAGCAAGAAAAUGGGGUGUGCAGUGUGGCACAAAUCACCUUUCUGUUCCUGGGAUGAACAUUCCAGAUGUGGUUACUUUAUGCCAGUAUAUACAGGCCUCUAAAACCCGAGAUGGUGCCAGCUGUUUCAUUUCAAGUGCAACAGAAGGGGAAAACUUUGAACAGACUCCGUUAAGACGCACAUUUAAAUCCAAAGUUCUUGCUCGCUAUCCUGAGAAUGUUGAAUGGAAUCCUUUUGACCAGGAUGCAGUGGGAAUGCUGUGUAUGCCUAAAGGGCUUGCUUUCAAGACACAAGCAGAUUCCAGAGAACCUCAGUUCCACUCUUUUAUUAUAACUCGUGAAGAUGGCUCACGGACAUUUGGAUUUUCUCUCACGUUUUUUGAGGAAGUUACUAGCAAACAGAUCUGCAGUGCAAUGCAGACGUUAUAUCAUAUGCACAAUGCUGAAUAUGACAUUCUUCAUACUCCACCCACAAAUGACAAAGAUAGCUGCAGCAGCACUGGGGACUGCAAUGGCACUUCUGUUUCAAAGCUACAGCGUUUUAACUCCUAUGACAUCAGCAGAGACACACUCUAUGUAUCAAAGUGCAUUUGUCUGAUUACUCCAAUGUCUUUUAUGAAAGCUUGUAAGAAAGUACUAGAACAACUUCAUCAAGCAGUGACUUCACCUCAGCCGCCACCUCUACCUUUAGAAAGCUACAUCUACAAUAUUCUCUAUGAGGUUCCUCUUCCUCCAGCAGGAAGGUCAUUAAAAUUUUCAGGUGUUUAUGGACCAAUUGUCUGCCAGAGGCCAAGCACCAAUGAACUACCAUUAUUUGAUUUUCCGGUUAAAGAAGUUUUUGAAUUGCUUGGAGUAGAAAAUGUGGUUCAACUCUUUACCUGUGCCCUCUUGGAAUUUCAGAUACUGCUUUAUUCACAGUAUUAUCAGAGACUGAUGACUGUGGCAGAGACCAUCACAGCACUAAUGUUUCCAUUUCAGUGGCAGCAUGUGUAUGUUCCUAUUCUUCCAGCAUCCCUCCUUCAUUUUCUAGAUGCUCCUGUCCCUUACCUCAUGGGCUUGCACUCUAAUGGUUUGGAUGACAGGUCUAAGCUGGAACUUCCUCAGGAGGCUAACCUGUGCUUUGUGGAUGUAGACAACCAUUUCAUCGAGCUGCCAGAAGACUUACCCCAGUUCCCAAAUAAACUUGAGUUCGUCCAGGAAAUUUCGGAGAUACUAAUGGCUUUUGGAAUUCCACCUGAGGGAAACCUUCACUGCAGUGAAAGUGCCUCCAAGAUGAAGAGCCUCAGAGCAUGUGAUUUGGUUUCUGAUAAAAGAAAUGGGAACAUAGCAGGAUCACCUUUGAAUUCCUAUGAGCUGCUAAAGGAAAAUGAAACUAUUGCAAGACUCCAAGCACUUGUUAAAAGAACAGGUGUGAGUCUGGAAAAGUUGGAGGUACGAGAGGAGACCAGUAGCAAAAAGGAUCUUAAAAUUCAGUGUGAUGAAGAAGAAUUCAAGAUUUACCAGCUGAACAUUCAAAUCCGUGAAGUUUUUGCCAACCGUUUUACACAAAUGUUUGCAGAUUAUGAAGUAUUUGUCAUUCAGCCCAGUCAGGACAAGGACUCUUGGUUUACAAACAGGGAACAAAUGCAAAACUUUGAUAAAGCAUCUUUCUUGUCGGACCAGCCUGAACCAUACUUGCCUUUCCUCUCGAGGUUCCUGGAGACCCAAAUGUUUGCAUCAUUUAUUGACAAUAAGAUUAUGUGCCAUGAUGAUGAUGAUAAAGACCCUGUUCUGAGAGUAUUUGAUUCUAGAGUGGAUAAAAUUAGGCUGCUAAAUGUUAGGACACCAACUCUGCGCACAUCCAUGUAUCAAAAGUGCACAACCAUUGACGAAGCUGAAAAAUCUAUUGAAUUGAGGCUAGCAAAAAUAGAUCACACUGCAGUCCACCCACACUUGCUGGACAUGAAAAUUGGACAAGGGAAAUAUGAGCUUGGAUUUUUUCCCAAGCUUCAGUCUGAUGUUUUAUCCACCGGACCAGCAAGCAACAAGUGGACAAAGAGAAAUGCUCCUGCACAGUGGAGGCGGAAGGACAGACAGAAGCAACACACAGAGCACCUGCGUCUUGACAAUGAUCAGAGAGAGAAGUAUAUCCAAGAAGCCAGGAAUCUGGGUAGCACCAUUCGGCAGCCCAAACUGUCUAACCUCUCUCCAUCGGUAAUUGCACAAACAAAUUGGAAGUUUGUAGAAGGCUUGUUGAAGGAAUGCCAAAAUAAGACCAAGAGAAUGUUGGUUGAAAAAAUGGGUCGAGAAGCUGUGGAGCUAGGUCAUGGUGAAGUGAAUAUCACAGGUGUGGAAGAGAAUACCCUGAUAGCCAGUCUGUGUGACCUCUUAGAAAGGAUAUGGAGCCAUGGUCUGCAAGUCAAACAGGUGAGAAACAAAUAUUCCCGAAUACUUCUUGAUUCAGAAAGGAGAAAGUCUGAUACCAGUCCAGCCAUGUCACCUCUUAGAAUCUCUCUCAUCCAGGAUAUGAGGCAUAUCCAGAACAUCAGUGAGAUCAAAACAGAUGUUGGCAAGGCCAGAGCCUGGGUUCGUCUCUCUAUGGAAAAGAAGUUGCUCUCUAGGCAUCUAAAACAGCUGCUGUCAGAUCAUGAACUCACAAAAAAACUCUACAAGCGUUAUGCAUUCCUCCGCUGUGAUGAUGAGAAAGAACAAUUCUUAUAUCAUCUCCUGUCAUUCAAUGCUGUUGAUUACUUUUGCUUUACCAAUGUUUUCACAACAAUCUUGAUACCAUACCAUAUAUUGAUUGUUCCUAGCAAGAAACUUGGUGGCUCGAUGUUUACAGCCAAUCCUUGGAUCUGUAUCUCGGGAGAACUGGGUGAAACCGGAGUCCUGCAGGUUCCUAGGAAUAUAUUAGAAAUGACUUUUGAGUGCCAGAACCUGGGAAAACUGACCACGGUGCAAAUAGGACAUGAUAAUUCAGGGCUGUAUGCCAAGUGGCUGGUGGAAUACGUUAUGGUCAGAAAUGAAAUAACAGGGCAUACUUACAAGUUUCCCUGUGGAAGGUGGCUUGGAAAAGGAAUGGAUGAUGGCAGUUUAGAGAGGAUCUUGGUGGGAGAGUUGCUGACUUCCCACACUGAGGCUGAUGAGCGGCAGUGCCGAACUCCUCCUUUGCAGCAGUCACCAAGUAUGAUCAGAAGAUUUGUCACUAUAUCGCCAAACAAUAAGCCAAAGUUAAAUACUGGUCAGAUACAGGAAGCUAUUGGUGAAGCUGUCAAUGGUAUUGUGAAGCAUUUCCACAAACCAGAGAAGGAGAGAGGCAGUCUGACGCUGUUGCUGUGUGGAGAGAGUGGACUUGUUUCAGCUCUUGAGCAAGUGUUUCAGCAUGGAUUUAAAUCACCGAGACUCUUCAAAAACGUCUUUAUUUGGGACUUUUUAGAAAAAGCACAAACAUACUAUGAGACCCUUGAGCAGAAUGAAAUGGUUCCAGAAGAGAACUGGCAGACAAGGGCCAGGAAUUUCUGUCGCUUUAUCACUGCUAUCAACAACACCCCUAGAAACAUUGGGAAGGAUGGCAAGUUUCAGAUGCUGGUGUGUCUUGGAGCCAGAGACCACCUUUUGCAUCACUGGAUCGCCCUGCUCGCAGACUGCCCGAUCACAGCACAGAUGUAUGAAGACACAGCACUGAUUAAGGAUCACACUCUUGUGAAUUCUUUGAUUCGAGUGUUGCAGACCUUGCAGGAGUUCAACAUUACGCUGGAGGCAUCUCUUGUCAAAGGAAUCGAUAUUUGA